ACCAUCUGGUUUCAGGACAGGUCUUCGUGCCCUGUUAUAGGUUCAUUUUGAUCACGUGAUCCGUUUUCGUCACAUUUCGGCGUUGUUAGUGUUAACCAAAAAGUUAUUGUAAUUGGCACUAUAGAUACAGCGACAGCACUGGAUAUUCCACGAGCCCACAAAUCAUUCUGUACAGAUGAGCUCCACUUAUUUGAACUCUUACCAAAUCGGGCCGGACUUCUAUCCAGUGCCGAACGGUCCGAUAUUCAAUGGCGAAUUAUAUGAUCCUAUUAAGUAUUUACAAGACUACGCUACGGCCGAAAACGUACCCCACCAGGCUCAGUACUGGUACGCUGGUUACCAUUCCCCGUUUCUUUUAGCCACAACAGGCGCAACGAACCGAGUGCACCCGGGCUUAAGUCAGGCUCAUUCAAGCUUCAACCAAACUCUCACAAGCGUCCACAACCAGGAAAACGAACAGGUUUAUUUCCAUUUUGAUACCUCAAAAGAACAACAGUCUAAAAAGAACGAAACGUCGUCUGUUUCUUCUGCAGACUGCAGCAACGAUCAAGAAAUUAAAUAUUUACAACCAAGUAUAACAGACAUAAAAACAGAAGACAACACUCUGGGUGAAAAUAGGCAUAGCACAAUGAAUGUGGAAACGGAAACAGAACAAAAUUCAACAACGCAACUCUAUCCUUGGAUGAAAGGCCCCAAAACACAAGAACAAGGGUCAUCACCGCGUAGAGGGCGCCAGACAUACAGCCGUCACCAAACCUUUGAACUUGAGAAAGAAUUCCACUUCAGUCGCUAUUUAAACAAGAAACGACGAAUGGAAAUCUCCCGCUUACUUGGACUGUCUGAAAGACAAAUCAAAAUAUGGUUCCAAAACAGACGAAUGAAAUGGAAAAGGGAGAUAGGGCCAUUGAAAUGUACAGACACACCAUGUAGUCCCUCGAGUACAGACAAGUGACAAUAAUACCGUAUACCUUUUUGUGCUAUUGCUGUAAACAUACAUUUUCGUUGAGAGAAAAUAUUAAUUUCUGCAAAUAAAAGCAUCAGUAAUAUGAUAAUCAGCAAGUAUACAGAAUCAUGUUACUGGUCUCUUUUCGUCGAUGAUAUGUUAUUAAUUGCUGCUUAAAUACACUGGCCUAUCCAUAAUUACGUUGUAGGCCUAGCCUUUACAGGGCCUUAUCAUUAGGACGUACCGGUAUCCAUUCCAAAGUUCGUUUAGUAGUUGCUAUGAGCAAUCCUUAUGAUGUAAACAUAUAGUGUGCAUUUCAUUGCCUUUGAAACAAGGUAUACAACACAGUAGACAUUAUGUGAUCAUUGAAGAUGUAUUGUCUGUGUCAAGCAAUUAACUUAAACAAUAAAAUAAAACAUUUAAGUUGCUUACAUUGUAUAUUUAAGCAAGUUAUUAGCUUUCGAUUGAAAAUUAGAACGAGACCAUUUUUUCCUCGCUUGAUAAUAUAUGCAUAAAUAACAGACUACUAUUCUUAAUUCUUCUUGACACUUAAAUAGAAAUUUAUUGUUUUUUUUUGUUAUAGGAAGUCUGUAAUAUAUAAAAUAUACUCUAAUUAUUUGUUUCUAAUUAGAUGUUAGAUAGGCAUAACUCAUUCUAUGAUUCACAAUAUUCAAUUCAGUGUUUGUUUACUGUUUUGAAGAUAUUGUCUAAAUUUUAAGACAUAGGCCUAUAGUAUAUAUUUAUUCGUUUAUAGAUUAAACUUUUCCUGGUGAAAAGUGUUACCGUAGGUUUCAGGUUAUACCAUUAAACAGACAGGUCAUUCAGUUAAAAAACAGCUUUCUAUUUAUGAACAAUAAUGGCGGUAUUUAUACUGUGUGACGUCACAUCGUUUCACCUUAUUUAAAUGUUGUUUGUGUAAAUAAAUGUUUUGGUUUUGCUAUAAAAAAAAACAUAUUUUCUGUAUUAGAUAUUUGAUGACUUGACUGUAUUAUUUUACUCCAAAAACCGUGUAAUAUAUAAUUACGGUAUAGUAUUAUAAAAUGUAUACUUCGUGUAAACAUUACCGUAUUAUGAGAGAUAUGAUAAUAAUUUUCAAAUUUUAUCAGCCCCUUGGUUACCAUAUUGAAUUUCUGCACCAAGUUCAAGUUCAAGUGUUUUAUUGUGUUCAAUACAACAUAAAAAGAUAUACUGUACAACAAA